CGUAUGACCAAAACACGUAAUGAAGGAAGAUUGAUUGCUCGGACCAAAAGUGUUGAAUAGUCAGACAAAAAAGUCCUGCUUAAGUCAGCUGAACACAAUGGUCCUCGUUAGCGCUUUUACUAUUCUUCUUCGUUCCAACACGAGUUGGACCUGUUCCAUUCAUCAUUUCUCUUCUUGAUUUGUUUGCUCCACACCACACCACUGCAGUUGCUCAUUGGAGUCAGAACCAUAGCGAUGUACAGCAUGAGGAACCCAUGGAUCUGCAUCUCUCUUCUCACCCUCUUUUUCUCUUUGUUCACCCACAAUUCCCUUGCAGCUCUCCCAACCGUUUCUUCAAACCAAACUCUCACUGGGGAUCAAACUCUCCUCUCUAAAGGUGGAAUCUUUGAAUUGGGUUUCUUCAAGCCAGGUAACACCUCUAACUACUACAUAGGCAUAUGGUACAAAAAGGUCACCAUACAAACAAUAGUUUGGGUAGCAAAUAGGGACAACCCUGUCUCUGAUAAGAACACUGCCACGUUAACAAUAUCAGGUGGCAAUUUAGUUCUCUUAGAUGGAUCUUCAAAUCAAGUUUGGUCAACAAACAUAACUUCUCCCAGGUCAGAUUCUGUUGUAGUAGCUGUUCUCAAUGAUACUGGGAAUCUUGUGUUAAAGCCUAAUGAUGCUUCUGCUUCAGAUUCAGAUUAUCUGUGGCAGAGUUUUGAUCACCAAACUGACACGUUCCUUCCGGGUGGCAAAAUUAAACUCGACAAUACAACAAAGAAGCCUCAAUACCUCACUUCAUGGAAGAAUAACCAAGAUCCUGCUACGGGUCUUUUUUCUCUAGAACUAGACCCCAAAGGAAGCAACUCUUAUUUGAUCCUUUGGAACAAGUCUGAAGAGUAUUGGACAAGUGGUGCUUGGAAUGGACAAAUUUUCAGCUUGGUUCCCGAGAUGAGGUUGAAUUAUAUCUACAAUUUCUCGUUUGUGAUGAACGAGAACGAGAGCUAUUUCACAUACUCCAUGUAUAACUCAUCCAUCAUGUCGCGGUUCGUGAUGGAUGUUUCAGGGCAGAUAAAGCAAUUCUCAUGGUUGGAAAAGACUCAGCAGUGGAACUUGUUUUGGUCGCAGCCGAGACAACAGUGUGAGGUUUAUGCCUUUUGUGGCGUGUUUGGGAGCUGCACUGAAAAUUCAAUGCCGUAUUGUAACUGUUUACCUGGUUUUGAGCCAAAAUCACCGUCUGAUUGGAAUCUGUUUGAUUACUCAGGUGGGUGUGAAAGGAAAACCAAGUUGCAAUGCGAGAAUUUGAAUUCCUCUAACGGGGAUAAGGACGGAUUUGUAGCAAUUCCAAACAUGGCAUUACCUAAACAUGAACAAUCCGUGGGAUCAGGGAAUGUAGGGGAAUGUGAAUCAAUUUGCUUGAACAACUGCUCCUGCAAAGCUUAUGCAUUUGACGGUAACCGGUGUUCAAUUUGGUUUGACAACCUUCUGAAUGUGCAACAGUUAUCUCAAGAUGAUAGUAGCGGACAAACUUUGUAUGUCAAACUUGCAGCAUCUGAGUUUCAUGAUGAUAAAAACAGAAUUGAGAUGAUCAUUGGUGUGGUUGUGGGCGUGGUUGUUGGAAUUGGUGUUCUCUUGGCCCUUCUUCUGUAUGUCAAGAUUAGGCCAAGAAAAAGAAUGGUUGGAGCUGUGGAGGGUUCGUUGUUGGUAUUUGGGUACCGAGAUUUGCAAAAUGCAACGAAGAAUUUCUCUGAUAAAUUGGGAGAAGGAGGGUUUGGUUCUGUUUUCAAAGGAACAUUGGGUGACACCAGUGUGGUGGCAGUGAAGAAGUUGAAAAGUAUUAGCCAAGGAGAGAAACAGUUCCGAACAGAAGUUAACACAAUAGGGAAAGUACAACAUGUUAAUCUCGUUAGACUCCGUGGAUUCUGCUGGGAAGGUACCAAAAAGCUGCUAGUUUAUGAUUACAUGCCAAAUGGCUCCUUGGAUUGCCAUUUGUUCCAGAACAAUAACUGCAAGGUGUUGGACUGGAAAACAAGAUACCAAAUUGCCUUGGGAACAGCAAGAGGAUUAGCUUACCUUCAUGAGAAGUGCAGAGAUUGUAUUAUACACUGUGAUGUAAAGCCUGGAAACAUUCUCCUAGAUGCUGAUUUUUGUCCUAAGGUUGCAGACUUUGGCCUAGCUAAACUUGUUGGAAGGGAUUUGAGCAGGGUCAUCACAGCAGUUAGAGGAACAAAAAACUAUAUUGCUCCAGAAUGGAUUUCUGGGGUGCCUAUCACAGCAAAAGUUGAUGUGUACAGCUAUGGGAUGAUGCUUUUUGAGUUUGUAUCAGGUAGGAGGAACUCUGAGCAGUGUGAAGGUGGUCCAUUUGCCUCCUUUCCUAUCUGGGCAGCAAACGUAGUUACCCAAUGUGACAAUGUUCUUAGCCUUUUGGAUCCUAGUUUGGAGGGAAACGCUGACACUGAAGAGGUGACUCGAAUGGCAACAGUUGCAUUGUGGUGUGUCCAAGAAAAUGAGACUCAGAGACCAACCAUGGGUCAGGUAGUUCAUAUCCUUGAGGGAAUCUUGGACGUGAAUUUACCUCCCAUUCCAAGAUCUCUUCAAGUGUUUGUUGACAACUAGGAGAAUCUUGUUGAAUUUCAUACACUGAUUCAAGCUGAGCAACGCCUCAAUGACCUCUCAAGCCACAAGUAACGUCUCUUCGGCAAAGUCAAUUAAAGAAAUGGUAUUUCAUACAGUUGGCAUUGUAAGUAACGGGAGUUAAGUCUGGAAGGGUAUAGUUCUCUAUAAAAAGAAAAAUCAACGUUCAGAUUCUUGUUAGAAAAAAUGCCCCGAUUUCAUGUUCGACAGAAUAUGAAAUAGGGUUGCCUCCAUAAUAUAUAGUUGUUACUUGUUAAUGUACUCAUUGAUGUUUUGUUAGAUCAGCCAAGAUGCCACUUUGGUGAUCCAGAGGAGUGGUUUGUUCUACCUAUUGCAGUCUGUUAGGUUUUGUUUCUCUUGUAUUUUAUUAGAUUUGAUUAUUUAGCGCAAUACUAAAUGUAUGCCACUUUUUUUUUC